AUGACGAUAGAGGACACUGGGGGUCUAAGAGAAAACAGCUCGAGGAUUUCCCCCGAGCUUUCUAUCGUGACCCCUGCCCAGAGUAUUACAACAAGAAAGAGCAACACCAGGCCUCCAGCCAUCGUGACCCCUGCCGAGAGUUCCCUGCCCAGAGAUUCGAAGAAGGGGAAAGUCAUAGUUGUCAGGGAGGAGCCGAGGGAGUUGCUCGAGGAGUUGCAAGUACCCUUCUCUUUGAGGGUGCUCAAUGAAAAACUAUUGAAGGGGUAUAAGCCCCUAGCCAUCGGAGAAUAUGACGACGGCAAGGAUCCAGAAGAUCACCUUCACAAAUUUCGGAAUGUUGCGAUGUUGCACCAGUACAGCGACGCCAUUAAGUGUCGGGUGUUCUUAAACACUUUGUCCGGCUCGUCACAAAAGUGGUUCGACAGAUUGCCAGUCGGAUCCAUCACCUACUUUCAGGAUUUUAAAAACAAUUUCAUGCACCAUUUCGCUAGUAGCAGGAAAUAUCAGAAGACUAACCAUUGUCUAUUCGCCCUCAGGCAGGGGCCUGCAGAGCCCUUGAGGGCCUACAUAAAACGCUUCAACCAGGUAGUCCAGGAUGUCCCAUCGGCUACCUCAGAGAUCUUGAUGAGCGCCUUCUCCCACAGUAUGGUGGAAAGGGAGUUCUUCCGAGCCCUCAUUCAAGAGCGUAUGAAGAAUUUUGAUGAGAUGUUGGGGAAGGCAGCAAGCUACAUGAAUGAUUUCCGCCCGGUCAGGAAUCCAGGGCGGCGCAACGAGUCGAAAUUGUUCAAGCCCCCAGACCUGGUCAGCGGGGCCCCCAUUAUUGCACCAACCAUAAGUCUCACACCCAUUCCAAAGGAGAGUGCGUCCAGUUUGCCCGAGAUUCUCAGCGGGCAGCCGAACUGGGCCUACCUCCGCCCGAGAUCGCACCCCAAGGUUCAGAAGCUGCUGGCUAGCCCGCCUAUUGCAGCAGAGCAUUCAAGUAAAUCCCUGUCUGAGAGCGGAGGUCGGGAAACUCAGCAGCCAAACCGGGGCAAGGAGCCGGUGGAAUCCCCUGAGGAAGAGAAUAGGAGAAAUGUCACCAUCCGGAAGAUCGACAUGAUUUCCGGAAGGCCCACUGAUGAAGACUCUACCAGAGCUCGAAAGUUCCAUGAGUGCCGCUUGAAGAUACACGUGGUAGGGUGUAGUUGA